GAGGAGAGAGAGAGAAAGAGAGAGAGAGAGAGAGAGAGAGAGAGAGAGUCUUGCAAACCCCCACACUGCUUGUGUGUCGUGAACAUUUUGGAGCCUAGAAAACGGGAGGAAGAAGAAGAAGGAGAGGAAGAAGAAGAAGAAAAAAAGGCGGACUCUGAACUGACAAAAUGAUGCUGAGGGAGAACCGAGAGGCGGCAUCGAGCGUUUGAAAUGUCUGCUGCAGCUGAUUUUUGGGCCACUAUGCCGGCGUUUUUUUCACAUCCGUGCACCGUGAGAUUCUGUCGAAUAACGGGAGACCCGCACAGCUGCUGCCGGUAUGUGAACUACUCCACACACUGAAGCUGCUGGGCGAUGAUGCAUCGGUGGGGUUUGACUGUGUGAAUUCUCAUCACAUCAAGUCUGGACUGUACAUGUAAAUUCGAGCCACUUCUUUUUGGUUUUUUCCCCCCCUUCUCUCCUGACCCACCUUGCGACAGAUAAUUAGAAUAAUAACAAGAAAAAAAUUUGCCUUAUUUCGACGCGAGGUGCGAGGAUGCCUGGAGCUGUGGUUGUGUCAUUGCUGCGGCACACUCCGGAGCUCCUCAGCUCAAGACAGACCCAACUAAUCUCAGCUGAAGAGAACAGCAAGCUGGCAAAAGUGCUUUACCAAUCAACACAUAAGCCAUAGGAGCCUGUGCAUGUAUGUGGGAGGAGGCUGAGCGGCUGGCACUCUUGAGGGGAGGCAUCUCUUGCACUGAGGUUUUGGGGGCUUCCCAAGAACUGCCACAUCCCCACAUUCGUCUGAGGACUGCUGUGAGCUUACAAGCCUCCUGAUGGUUUCUGGAGGGCAGCCCUGAUGCAUCGUGCGAGUGUGAAAACUCCAAGAGCCUUCUGCCAGGUUUGCAUCACCAGACAGGAGACGGAGCAGACGGCAACUCUGUGUGUGUCAUGUUAGAGGCUGGACUCUCGCCUGCUCCCUCCAACUCUCAGCCAAAAUCUCUGACCUGCCCUGUCUGAGUCCUUUGCAUCUCCGCGUUGCCACGACAGCACAACGGGGAAGACAGUGUCAGGCAGUUUGUAGACAUUACUGUUUGUGUGACUUCCUAUUGACAGCACUCUGACUCUCCUUAAGAGGCUCCAGAAACCUCGGUCAGGAUGCAGGUGUCCUUCGCAUGCACUGAGCACAACCUCAAGAGUCGCAGUGAGGACCGGCUGUGUGGCCUUCGCACUGCUCCACCUCCCGGAGGAAGCAGUGGAGGAGUCGGGGGAGGCGGUGGAGGAGGAGGAGGAGGAGGCGGUGGUGGCAGUGGAGGAGGAGGAGGUGGAGGAGGAGGAGGUAGUGGACAAGGGAGCAAUGGCAACUACAUCACCCAAGGCUCCGUGAAGACCAGGGAGGGGCCCGGGUCCCGUCAGACCCCACAGGGCCAUGCCCACAUGAAGGAGGCCAUUGGGCGCCACACCAGUAUGAAGUACAGGAACCUGGGAAAGUCAGGCCUGCGUGUUUCCUGCCUCGGGUUAGGCACCUGGGUGACAUUUGGAUCACAGAUCUCUGAUGAGAUGGCUGAGAACCUGAUGACCAUAGCUUAUGAGAACGGAGUGAACCUGUUUGACACGGCGGAGGUGUACGCCUCUGGAAGGGCGGAAAUCACUCUGGGGAACAUUAUCAAGAAGAAAGGAUGGAGGCGUUCAAGUUUCGUCAUCACUACAAAAAUCUACUGGGGAGGCCAAGCCGAGACAGAGAGAGGGCUCUCCAGAAAGCACAUUAUUGAAGGUUUAAGAGGAUCCUUAUCAAGACUCCAGUUAGAUUAUGUGGACAUCGUUUUUGCCAACAGAAAUGACGUCAACAGUCCCAUGGAAGAGAUUGUACGGGCCAUGACGUUUGUAAUAAACCAGGGUAUGGCCAUGUACUGGGGAACCUCCCGCUGGAGCGCCAUGGAGAUCAUGGAGGCGUACUCAGUGGCGCGCCAGUUCAACCUGAUACCACCUGUGUGUGAGCAGGCAGAGUAUCACUAUUUCCAGAGGGAUAAAGUCGAGGUGCAGCUUCCUGAACUCUACCACAAGAUCGGUGUGGGAGCAAUGACUUGGUCUCCACUUGCUUGUGGAUUAAUCACAGGAAAGUACAGUGAUGGAGUACCUGAGUGCUCCAGAGCUGCAAUGAAGGGAUACCAGUGGCUGAAGGAGCGAGUGAACAGUGAGGAGGGCCGCAGGCAGCUCGCUAAAAUCAAGGAGCUCCAUCUACUGGCGGACAGACUGGGCUGCACUGCUGCACAGUUAGCAAUCGCCUGGUGUCUGCGCAGUGAGGGAGUCAGCUCAGUACUUCUGGGUGUUUCUAAUACAGAUCAGCUCCUCGAGAACCUGGGUGCCCUCCGGAUUUUAUCCCAAAUGACCCCUCAAACCAUCACCGAGAUUGAUGCCCUGCUGGGAAACAAGCCACACUCGAAGAAAGAGUCACGCGCCUGAAGAUGCAAAUCUAAGUGACAGAUAAUGUUUCAAGAAGACGAAGAAGAUUAUGACAUUGGGAAACAUCGCUUUUGCUCUGCUGUAUACUCAACAACUUGCAUGUCCUCAGCAACAUUAUGCUUCCAGUAUGUGCGCAGAUCCAUUUUGCGCAGUACAUUGUAUCAUGUAUGAAAAAAAAAAAGAACGAGAAAAUCUCUCAAUUGUGGAAGAAAAAAACAAAACAGAUCAUAUAUUGCUCACUGUCGAUUGUUC